AGCCAGGGCCUUACCUGGCCGGGACGGAAGACCUGGGGUUGUCACACUUCGUCCUGCGGUGCCCCGAGAUUCAUACAGAGGGACCGCCAGCUGCUAAGAUGAAAGUCUACCUGUUGUGCCUCUGUCUUGGAUGUCUUUUGACGCCAUCGCUCUCAAAAGUUUUCUUCAACACUCUUGAUACCCGAUACCCUACACUAAUAACGAAGGAUGUAAGAGUGAAAUGUAAAGAGGAAGGUUCCUUCCCCCACCCAGCGAGCUGUACCUGGUAUUACAGAUGUGUGGACAGAAUACAGUCCGGAAGAUUUCAAGUUUUCUUCUUCAAGUGUGAGAAUGGGACCGUCUUUUCUGAUGAGCUGGACCAGUGUGUAUUUGGCAACCCAACACUGUGUGAAGGAAACGUAGGGAGUUUUCCACCCAUCGCUCCUGGGCCUGGAAUUGGAGGAGAUGUCAAACCUGUAGUUCCAGCUCCUGGAAUUCCACCAGUUGUCAAACCUAUAUCUCCACCUCCUGUAUUUCCAGUGGGUGUCCAACCUGUAGUAGCUCCAGCUCCUGUAAUUGGAGGAAGUGUCCAACCUGUAGCUCCAGCUCCUGGAAUUCCAGGGGUUGUCCAGCCUGUAGUUCCUGCGCCUGGAAUUCCAGUGGGUGUCCAACCUGUAACUCCAGCUCAUGGAAUUCCAGUGGGUGUCCAACCUGUAGUUCCAGCUCCUGGAAUUGCAGGGGUUGUACAACCUGUAGCUCCAGCUCCUGGAAUUGCAGGGGUUGUCCAACCUGUAGUUCCAUCUCCUGGAAUUCCAUCAGGUGUCCAACCUGUAGCUCCAGCUCCUGGAAUUGCAGGGGUUAUCCAACCUGUAGUUCCAUCUCCUGGAAUUCCAGCAGGUGUCCAACCUGUAUCUCCAGCCCCUGGAAUUGCAGGGGUUGUCCAACCUGUAGUUCCAGCUCCUGGAAUUCCAGUCCAACCUGGGUUGUCCAACCUGGUAGUUCCAAGCCUCCUGGAAUUCAGUCCAACAUGUAGCCUCCCAGCUCCUGGAAUUCCAGCAGGUUGUCCAACUGUAGGGCUUCCAGCUCCUAUUAUUCCAGUGGGUGUCCAACCUGUAGCUCCAGCUCCUGGAAUUCCAGCAGGUGUCCAACCUGUAGCUCCAGCUCCUGGAAUUCCAGUGGGUGUCCAACCUGUAGUUCCAGCACCUGGAAUUCCAGCAGGUGUCCAACCUGUAGCUCCAGCUCCUGGAAUUCCAGCGGGUGUCCAACCUGUUGUUCCAGCUCCUGGAAUUCCAGUGAGUGUCCAACCUGUACCUCCGGCUCCUGUUAUUCCAGUGGGUGUCCAACCUGUACCGCCAGCUCCUGGAAUUCCAGCAGGUGUCCAGCCUGUAGCUCCAGCCCCUGGAAUUCCAGUGGGUGUCCAACCUGUAGUUCCGUCGCCUGGAAUUCCAGCAGGUGUCCAACCUGUAGCUCCUGCUCCUGGAAUUCCAGCAGGUGUCCAACCUGUAUCUCCAGCUCCUGUAAUUCCAGGGGUUGUCCAACCUGUAGCUCCAGCACCUAUUAUUACAGGGGGUGUCCAACCUGUAGCCCCAACUCCUGGAAUUCCAGGGAGUGUCCAACCUGUAGCCCCGGCUCCUGGAAUUCCAGGGAGUAUCCAACCUGUAGCUCCAGCUCCUGUUAUUCCAGGGGGUGUCCUACCUGUAGCUCCAGCACCUAUUAUUACAGGGGGUGUCCAACCUGUAGCUCCAGUUCCUGGAAUUCCAGUGGGUGUCCAACCUGUAGCUCCAGCGUCUGGAAUUCCAGUUGGUGUCCAACCUGUAGCUCCUGCAAUUCCAGUGGGUGUCCAACCUGUAGCCCCAACUCCCGGAUUUCCAGGGGGUGGCCAACCUGUAGCCCCCAAAAAACUCCCUGGGGGAUUUCCACAGGGGGGGUUGGUUUUCCCAAACCUGUAG